AGCCCGUCCGGCCGCAGCCCAAGCCAGCCGUGAGUUCCAGGCUGUCUCAUGGAGACUGCUGUGGGCUCCCAGGCGGGGCUCUCUCCAGCAGCGGGUGCCAAGAUGAAGCAUUUCCUGGCCUUGCUGGAGGAGCACAGGGCUUCUCCGGCCCCCCCACCAGAGCUGGUGCAUUUGGCUGGAAGGCUGUGCCAAGAGCUCCGGAGCAGCCCUCUUCUGAUGCUGGAACCCCUGGUGGAAGCGGUGCUGGGAAGCCCCCACUGGCAGUAUUUUCUGUCCAGCAUGGAUGUGGUCCGAGUGUGCGUCCUCAUCCUUGCCGGUCGGGGCCAGCACCAGUCAGCCUGUCGGCUUCUAGAGCACUGCAGGGAGGCUGGUGAGAGGGAGCAGCUGGUCCAGCUUUGGAAUGAGAUUCACUAUCGCAAGGUCAUGGACAAAUACCAUGUGGACUCCCUGACGCCCGUGCAGAAGUUUCGCUGCAGGAAAAGGAACCCUCCUCCUCCUUCCCUCUGCCCUGAGGGCCCGAAGAGCCGCAACUUCUCCAAAGAUGUACGCCAGAAGCUCGUGGGCUUUGCUGCAGGGGUGACCACGAACCCUAACAGGGAGCAGCGGGGGAGACUAGCCUUCGAGACGGGCCUGCAGGCCCACCAGAUCUAUAACUGGUUUGCCAAUUACCGCCGGCGACAGAGGUCGUCCCUCCAGAGACAAGCAAAGUUCCUGGCCUUUCCUCAAGGUGAGGGAUCUGCACCAGAAGCCCAGCCCUGGCUGGACGACGGACCUUGCAGCCACCAGCCCCAAGCUGGAUUCCAGGGAGAUGUUCACCUGGGGCCCCCUCAGGCCCCCCUGGGUCCUUGUGAGCUGGCAUGGGAGCCACCCAUGCUGGGCCUGAGGUGCCCUCAAGAGGAGGGGCUGGCCAAGCUGCUGGAUGCCAGGUUUGUGAGAAGCAGCGAGAUGCCGGUUGAGAAGCUGACAGCAGGACCCAGCUUCCCUGGAGAAGGCCGCAGCACCGCUAUCUGCCCUCCUGCCUCUGCCAGCAGGCCAGGGCCCGUCCUUCCUGCCCUGGUCCCCUGGCCCGAGAGCUUCCUCUUGGGCCCCUGUGAGUCGCUGCCAGACCAGGUCCAGGAGACAAUCUAUGGCCAAGAGCUGGCGCUCCUGCAGCCUGUCCCAGGAGUGUCCCAGGAGCCAGCCACCAUGGGGUCCCUCUCUGCCUUCUGGGACCCCAGACUCUCAGGUUACCGGGCUCCACCGGACAGGAGCCCUCUCAGGGCAGGCACUGGGCCCCGUUCUGAAGUGGCCAGAGGACAACCAGGCUUGGAGGUGGGCAGCUUCAUGUGCAGAGAAGAGCAGCUGGAACCCCUAGAGUAUGUCUUUCCACAAAGUUCCUCAGAGAUGGUGCUGGAGAAACCCUCGAGUCCCCACCAGGCUUCUGCCCUGGGCCAGCUCCAGCCUUUGGAGUAUGGCCAGAACCACCUGGCCCCUGCAGAAAACCCUGGAGCUGCCCUGGGUGGCCUGGAUGCGAUGGAGGAGGAGAAGGAGGUGGUGAGCACUCCUGUUCCAGGGGACUCAGAGCAGACCUCCAGCGACACUUUCUGGGCCGCCCUGCUGUUGUUUGAGUUCGCAGGGGGCAGCCGGGUCUGAGGUGCUCCUGGCGGAUGGCGCGGGGGUCUCGGGCAGACAGCCACUUGGAUUCCCCGGAUUCCCUCAGCACUUGGCGUGGUUUUCCUCCACGUUGGAGAGGAAUGCUAAGCCCACCCUUGCAGGCACCCACUCCUGGGGGUUCUGCGGGGCCAGUUUUCUGUUCUCAUUGUGAGUAUAGGGGGGAGCUGUGGCCUUUUUGCUCCCCCCGGGUUGGUUCUUAAGGCCUGUUUACGGGGGGACAGAGUUCGGCCUUGCCGAUUUGUUGGUCGGUUGUAGCGAUGAAGCUGUGUCCAGGCAGACUCUCCGAGGUGGGUGUGUUCCUCCACUUCGGACGAAGCCAGCACCAGGUCCCACAGGUGUCCCCAGACCCCAGUGGCUCAGGCCUCUCACCUCUCACCGGGCUCUGCACUAGAUGAGUUUGGUGACCACCUGUCCUGGCUAAUUUUUCCCUCCUUGCCUAAGGUUAGCUGGAGGGCUCUGUUCUCAGCCCCCAGGGCUCGGGGACCUCUCUGUUUCAGUCUGCCCUCCAAACUCCUGGGGGCUGACAGGAGUGGAAGCUGAUGCCUUUCAGACACCAGCAUCAGCCAUCCCCAAGGUUGGCCAUUGCCAUCCACAUCAGGGAAAGCCACGACCCACGCCAUGGGUCCCAUUUGGGGCAUCGAGCCCAGGAGUGGAUGGACCCCCUUUUGGCACAGUCCAGGUUUAGGGAGCAAGGAAGGAGGGAAGUAUGUUGGCUUCCAGUUCUGAUGAAGUAAGUUUGCCAAAUAAAGGUCAUUGAAAGC